GUACUCUGGGAUUCGGCUGCUUUCUUGGCCGUGCAAGUUUCGGUUGCUAAGGAACCACAGAAAGCAGGGUGGCAUAGCCAUGAGGAUGGUAUAGUAAGGAGGCUGGUCAGCAUGGCUGGUUGAGGUGUGGAGGGGGGCACCACAAACCACGCCAGGGUUCUGACUGAAAAAAAUUUCUUUACCCUUGGUGGAUCUACAGUCUCCAUGCAUCUCCUUGGACUGCAAUCAUGGUUACACUUAUCACAGAGCAGCUCCGUAAGCAGAGUUUAGAGGAACCUUAUCACAAGGCUUUCACAUUCAAUGCCAGUGUGUCUCUGCCUGCAGUGGGCUCAAGUCCAACCAUUUCUUGGAGUGCUGGCAAAACAACACAAGAAGCCAUUGCAGCCACACACCAGACAUCCAAAGCACAGGUUUUGGCUGACUCAUGUGAACCUUGGCUUCGCUCCCGCUCUGGAGAGCAACUCCAGGGACCAGAGGUUUCCCUCACAUACAACUCCUUCCAAAGUUCCCCUCCGCCACCCCCGAAACGCCACUGCCGCUCCCUCUCUGUUCCAGAGGAUCUAUCCCAGUGCCGCUCCUCUUGGCACCCAAGUGCAUCAAAGGUCUGGACUCCAGUUAAACGGGGCUGCCACAAUAGAGGAGCAUCUAGUUCAGGCUGUAGAGCUAGUUCUUGGCUUCUUUGCGGUCCCAGUUCUUCCUUCACCUCCUCCUCAUUACACUCAUCUUCUAGCCCUAACUUCUUCAGUUUAGCAUUGUCUUCUGACUCUUCUUUAUCAUGUGGCUUCCCGUGGGAUCCCUGUGAUACGCUGAAAGGAGCUUGUUCUGCGUCCCUUGCAACUUCCUCCUCUUGCUCUUCCUCACCAGCCCCCCUGGUUUCUCACUCUGUCCUGCAUCGUCGCUUUUCUCUUUCUCCUGUGCACAUUCAGAUUGCCUCUGUGGCGUCCUUGCACCCCCAGCCACCCCAAGCUCCUGUUCUGGCACACAGCUACUCUGGCCCAGAGCAUCCAGCCCUGUGUCCAUCUCCCACUUCAGCCUGCAGUACACCAUCCUGUUGUAGGCGGGACCUGCACCCCGCACUGCCACGAUGCCACUCACAGCCCUGCGACAUGCGUAAACCCCAGUUAAAGAGGCGCCAUGACCCAGAUGUCCUACCUUGCCCUAGGCCAGGACUGGACUUCAGCAAAAUGACACAGAUGGGUAAUUAUGAGAGCUUGGUGGGUGGAGCAGGUGCCGGCAUAUUUCCAGUUUCCUCUCAGUCAGAGCAGCGCUUGGCCUUCUCCCCUGCUGAAUUCCUGGGAAGAACCAGCAUUGGCCCACUGAGUGAAAGCGAGGAAGAGGAGGAGGACGAGAGAAAAAGGACUGUUUUAGCUGUUGGAAAAAAUGUUUUCUUUGAAAGAGACUAUACAGAUUUGGACUUGAGCCUCAUAGAAGAAAACUGACCAUUAUUUGGUGCUUACAGUAUCUACUGCAGUCAUAACAAUGUAAAGCACACAUGCAGGCUUCUAGAAUGGCCUUUUGGGAACAAUCUACUCAUAAUGUCCAGAGUUAAUGAUUAAGAGCCAUGGAAGUUGGAGCCAAUUUCCAGUUAGAUUGCAGUGAUUGUGUGUUAGCUCACUUUUCAGAGUUUCACAAUGUCAGUGCUUGCCUGUUCAACCCUACAUAAGGGAAAUGCACAUGAGCGAAGAAGCAGUUUUUCAUAUGAACACACUUUUAACCAUUUUGAAUUUAGUCUUAAUAUUAUCCACUGCCUCUUGGUAGUCUUUUUACAGCCUGAUUAUUGCUACAAAAACUUUCUGCUUAGAUUUAAAUGGUCUGCACAAGCUGUCGCCAUGUGCAGAAGAAAUCCAUAUCUUUGUGCUCUCCUGUUUAUUUAACAGGAGUCGUUUCAGAAUCCACUUCAAUUUUUUUGAAUCCCCCUCUAAAAUGCUUCAGUUUUUAGCUUCUGUUCUUAAAUGGAGUUUGCUUCUUCAAAGGGAACGCUUUAUUUUUAUUGCUUAAGUGACAAUGACUAGGCAAGCACGCUCCUCAAAACUAUUGAUUAUACUGUUAACUUUACCAUGCCUUAAGCCUAAAAUACAGUCCUUGGUACUCUGGUCCCCUUUUCACAGCCAGGCAUGUUUACGGUCUCUGUUUGCACUCAUUCUGAUAUUUUUGAAUGCCUGGCACAUAAACUACAAUAGCUGACAGAUUAACUGAAUCAGGACUCCCUGUUGCACACAGUAAUGUUCUGUACAGCAGUGAAAAUGAGCACAGGUUCCAAGUAGAUGUGACCAAGACUGGAGUAAUGCAAAUGGUUUUGUGGCCUUUGAGAAAUGAUCUUUCAUGUUUUCAGAUGGAAAAACUCCUGUUGCACAAUGUAUGUAUGAAUAAAAUUUAAUACCUUU